GCGGUGCAGCGCUCGGCCCAGUCCGUCGCGGACCCUGCUCGGAGUCCCUCACCACCGCGCUGGUACCCGCUGGCAGUCCGCCGGCGAGCCAAGAGCCCAGCCAGCGAAGGCCAGCGCCCCGGCUCCAGGCGGCUCCAGGCACCUGCUCCAGGCGCUGCAGGACCCGACCCGGCUUCGCCCCGCCCCGCCACGCCCGGCCCGCCGGGCCUUCCGCGAAGGCGGGAAGGGAAGACGCGGGCGCAACGCAGCCGCGGUGUUGUGCUGCCGCAGCGGUGCGCCGCAGUCGCCGCAGCGGUGCAGACCAAGACCAUAGCCGGAGCGGCAUGGACCAGGCCAGCGUGCGCCGCCCGGUCUCUGGCACGUCGUGAAGCUCGUCAGCCCGACACCGCCAGCUGCAGCCGCGCAGCUACAGUGACAACCACCACUGGCGGCCCCCGGCCCCGACCCGGCGCUGCCGCAACAGGCACACUCCGCCCGGCACCGAGCACGUCGUGACGACGCUCGUCAGCCCGACACCGCCAGCUGCAGCAGCGCAGCUGUGCUGACAUCCACCCGGGCCACCGGCAGUGCCGGCCGCCGGCGCAGCCGCGACGCGCACCUGCCCCCAGCUGCAGUGACACCCCCGAGCGGGGGCGCCGCCAGUGCGGCCGCCAUGGCGUUCCGGCUCGAGCCGCUGCGCGCCCUGCUGGAGAACUGGGCCUGCGACGAGCGCCUGGAGAACAUCUUCAUCCAGCCCGAGGCUGAAAGUUGUAACAAUGGAGGAUUCUCCAUUACGCCACCACACAGUGUUUCUCAACGGGAAGCCAUGCAGAUCCUCCAGCCAGCUAGUGCACCGACAUCCCCUCUCGCAUCACCCAACCUGACCUCAACCACGAGCACAACAUUUAGUCUCAAUGUAGCAAGCUGCAGUUCAGAAGCCACUACAAGCAACAACAGUAGCACCAAUACAGCUAGCAACAGUAGCCCAUGUCUCUUGCUGCAACAUGGAGAAGGGACAAUUGACCCCAACUGGCAGGCAACAAAACCAAGUGUGCGUGAGCGCAAUGCAGCUAUGUUCAAUAAUGAACUUAUGGCUGAUGUUCGUUUUGUAGUAGGAAAUCCUGGUCAUACACAAUGCAUUCCAGCUCACAAGUAUGUGCUUGCCACAGGCAGCUCUGUAUUUUAUGCCAUGUUUUAUGGAGGUCUUGCUGAGGAUAAAGAGGAAAUUGAAGUGCCAGAUGUCGAGCCAUCAGCUUUCCUCACAUUGUUAAAAUAUUUAUACUGUGAUGAAAUUCAUCUCGAAGCUGACACAGUCCUUGCUACUUUGUAUGUAGCUAAAAAAUAUAUUGUCCCUCACUUAGCACGAGCAUGUGUCAACUACCUGGAGACCAGUUUGACAGCAAAAAAUGCAUGUCUCUUACUAAGCCAAUCAAGACUUUUUGAAGAACCAGACCUAAUGCAACGUUGCUGGGAAGUCAUCGAUGCCCAGGCGGAGAUGGCAUUAAGAUCUGAAGGAUUUGUUGAUAUUGACAUGGCAACAUUGGAAUCAGUCUUGUCAAGAGAAACACUGAACUGCAAAGAGAUGCAUCUGUUUGAGGCUGCUCUCAACUGGGCGGGAGCUGAAUGCCUUCGGAAGGAAAUAGACCCUACACCAGAAAACAAAAGAGCAGUUUUAAAUUCUGCUCUUUUUCUAAUCCGUUUACCAACAAUGAGUUUGGAAGACUUUGCUAAUCAUGCAGCACAGUUGGGUGUUUUAACACCAGAAGAAACUAUAGAUAUUUUUCUCCACUUCACGGCUCACAGUAAGCCCAACCUUUCAUUCCCUACUAGGACUCGUGCGGGUUUGAAGCCUCAGGUUUGUCACAGAUUCCAGUCAUGUGCAUACCGCAGUAACCAAUGGCGUUACAGAGGUCGAUGUGAUUCGAUUCAGUUCAGUGUUGACAAGAGGAUUUUUGUUGUUGGUUUUGGUCUUUACGGAUCCUCAAAUGGUGCGGCAGACUACACAGUAAAAAUUGAAUUGAAGCGUCUAGGACGUGUACUAGCUGAACACAACACAAAAUUUUUCUCUGAUGGUUCAAGUAAUACAUUCCAUGUAUACUUUGAGCAUCCCAUUCAGGUUGAGCCUGAGAGUUAUUACACAGCAUCAGCAAUACUUGACGGAGUAGAGCUCAGCUACUUUGGUCAAGAAGGAAUGAGUGAAGCUGCAGUUGGUGCUGUUACUUUCCAGUUCCAAUGUUCAUCUGAGAGCACUAAUGGUACAGGAGUUCAAGGAGGUCAGAUACCAGAACUGAUUUUCUAUGGACCCACUCAACCACCUGAAGAUCACUGAUACUCAUUCCGCCUGGGCCUGGCAGUCAGACGCCUAAUUUCACUUUUGAGGCACAUGUUCCACAGAGCUCAACCAAAAGGCAAUAUGAAGUCAAAUAAGAUCACAAAGAAAACUUUGAGAGGAAAUUCUCUUAACUUAGCUCCUAUUUGUGACAGUCAAAAUGAGACCAAAAAGCAAAGUAAACUUAGAAACCCAGUCAAAAUUUUCCUCAAAACCGUAUGUGCUUUAGCAAGUGGUUGGGACUGUAUGAGUGCAAGGCAUGUGCUUUAGAAUAAAUUUUCUGCUCUAAUGCCAGGUUACCAGUCUUCAGCUCAGAAAGAAUGUACUCAAACUGCACUUGCAGCAAAAGGUUGCAAGUUUUAAUUAAAUCAACAUAAAACUACCGGUAGAUUUAAAGUGAAUCAAAGGUUCCUAAAAAUAAAAUUUAGCUUUCUUGGUAAUGUUUCUUUAAUUUCUUCUUAUUAAAGAAAUAAAUAGUUAUUUAUUUCUGCAAGUACCACUGUAUGAUUUUAAGAAUUUUGUGAGGACAUGUAAACAAUAAUUUAUUUUCUUUCAUGAGCUCACACUGACAAACCUCUCCAUUUUAAUCUAAGUUUAUGAUAAUGUUAUCAUGCAGUGAGAAAAUGUAGGCAAAAUCCUGAAUGAAUAUAUUUGUCAAGACAAAAUCAAUCUGAAUUAGUUUUGAUAACUGCAAUAAUAUUUAAAGAUGAAAAAAAAUGAAUCUAUUCACAAGUAAUGUUUAUUACUGUGUGUGAGUAGAAAUAUACAGCUUUUGAGAGAUACAUUGCAUAGGUUGCUGCAAUGACAACGGUGCAUUUUAAUAAGUAUGUGUAAAUGAAUGGCCCCAAAAUAUUUUUCACUAUUAUUGAACCCUACCCUACAAUCAUAACACCAAUAGAAAUAGAGUGUAAGAAAGAUUUGCCAAGGUUGUACAUAUAAAAGAUAAAAAUGCAAUGUGGAGUUAUUUUUAAAAUGGAGAUAAUUGUUACCCUGUUAAAUUUGUAUAUAUGUUAUGAAAAGUGUGGCUGUGCAAUACUAAUUCGAUUCAUUGAUAUGUAUAUUGUUAUGAACUACGUGUCAUUAUUGGGCACAAUGAUCAACUUGACCUACUACCAGGGUAAAAUACAGACUCGCCUGACAAGUUAUGAUAUCUAAUAACACAGGAGACAGUGACAGUUCGUUCAAAUCUGGUACAAAGGAUGAACAUACCACUUUGGGUAGGAGCCUUUUGAUUACCUCUACUCUGAAUAACCUGCUAUUCAGCACGAGAUUUUCCUUUUUCAACUUCUUAUUGCACAAUGUACUAAAGAGUUACCUAAUUAGUUGUUAAAAUAGUAGACAUCCAUAAAGUGGAUUUAUCUUUUCAAGAUGAGGGGUCAGUGGACAAAUACUCAAUUUGAGAGUAGAAAAAUGAUCUAAGAACCAGUGCUUACAAGUAGGCAUACUUAUAGAUUCGGUUUAUGACAAGUAAAAGUGAAAAGUAAUGUCACUAAAAUAGAAAAUUAAAUUCAUGAGUAAUAAUGAAUUUUCAUCACACUGCUACUUAGCUAAUGUAAACUUGUUAGGUCAGCAAUUUAAUGUUCACUUUCAAAUUUCAUCUUUAGCUACGUAUAUCUUUGUCAAUUGUCUCCUUGUCAUAACUCCUUAAAUUGGUUUGGUCAACUGCACUCAAAUUAUAGCAUGUUUUUGAGUUUCAAGAGCAAAUAUGUAUUGAGCUUUAUAGACUAUGUAGCAAAAGAGACAGAAUAAAAUUAAUUUCAAAUCAUUAAGAAA